AUGUCGCAACCAUUGGUAGGGCCUAUUGUGAUGGGCACAGUCUCUGUUAUUGUGACCUUUCUUCUCAUUAUCACCACCAUGAUGCCAUUCUCUGUUCAUUCCAAAUUCAUUCCAUCACACCCGCCAAAUGUCAUUCCCUCUUCAAAACCUCUUCUUCCGGUUCUUCUCAUGCACGGCGUAACGGUCGACAACAACUCGAUGAGUGAACUCCGUAACUUUAUUCUCGAAUCAACCCCUGGCACCAUUGUGUUAUCAUUACCCUGCGAAGAUCGAUUGGGUUCUCUACUACAUCCCAUGUCCGAACAAUUGGAAUUGUUUGCCAGAUUGGUCGAAGAAGCAAAAGCUCAAUAUAGUUUUCGGGAUCAUCAUUUGAUUUGUCAUUCACAAGGUGGAUUGUUAUGUCGAUCCUAUUUACAAAUGUAUCCAAAACAUACCGUGAGAGUGUUUGUGUCUUUGAGUGGAGUCCAAAAUGGAGAAUUUGGAAUUCCUGGUGACAAGUCAUGGGAACUUGUAUUGAAAGACAAAUUUCCAUUUUUGUGGAAUAUGACUGCCGAUGAAAUUUAUACAGUUUUCUAUACCGAUGCUUUUCAGAAAUUGGUAUCUGUAGCAAAUUAUUGGAAAGAUCCCUAUCAUAUGGAUUCGUAUCGAAAACAUUCUCAAUUUCUUGCUGUCAUGAAUAACGAUACGACCACAGUGGAUUAUGCUUCCAAAUACCAUUUUCGAGAAAAUAUGUUACGAAUUGACAAGAUGAUUUUAAAUGGUUCACCACAAGAUGAAAUUAUUAAGCCAUAUUUUUCUGCAUUCUUUGAUUAUUACAAAUAUGAUGUUGCAAGUAAUUCUUUGGUGACUGAGUCGAUGAAAUUUCAAUCGUUUUAUAGAAAUGAUGUGUUUGGAUUGAAAACAUUGGAUCGUGAAAAUCGGUUAAUCAUUCAGAGAGUUCCCAAUGUGACACACAAAGAAUGGAUUACCAAUCAAACCUUGUAUGAAUUGUACCUGAGACCAUUCUUGUAUUAA